ACAAUGCCAAGAGAGACAUGCUUUACAUAGCAGCAAAUAGAUGCCGGGUUGGCAGGGUGUUCUAGAAUUUUCUCUCCCUGCCCAAGUGAGAUGGAAAUUCUGAGAGAGGUGUAGUUUCCACAAGUCGCGGGCAGCCAACAUCUUUUUUUUUUCCUCAUCAAAAUGUCAGAAACUCCUCUGCAGCCUGAAGAAACUUCUGUCAAUAGGUCACGGGUUGUGAGAGGGAACAGUUUGAGCACGAUGGACAAGAAGCUGAACCUUCUGAACGAAAAGGUAGACAAGCUGAUAAAUUGCCAGGAAGAUCUGACGGGAAAGCUUCAAGAGGUGAACCAAGGCAUCAGUGACCUGGAGAAAGGCCUUUCCAAGCUCAUGGUUUCGCCAGAACCUGCGGAUCAAAGCAGCGGAGGGAAAAGAGGCUGGAAAGAGGACCGCGGGGGGCCUCCAAUGGACACCCAAAGCCUAUGUGCUGAGAUCUUAAAGCUGGUGAAAGCAACCCACCAAGAUGCCUCCAAGUACAGGGAACGGAUUGAGAAGAUGGAGAAGAUGGUAGACUCGGUGGAUAAGGUUGUGAAAUACUUGGGAGAAACUUUCAAGAACUCCAAAGUGGUAGAUUUCAUUCUGAAGGGUCAUGUCCCUUCACACAAAGGGAGCGCUGCGGAAAUCCCGGAAGAGACAAAAGAUAAGCCAGACGAGAAAGGUGCAAAGGGGAAGCAUGCACCUUCGAACGAGGGGAUCCAGGCACACGGCAAGAAUCCUUCGGAAGAAAACAAAAGGGAGAACAAGCUGGAUGAGUGUCCUGGGGGAUGUGAAAAGGUGAACUUGGCUGGCCCCGUCCUUCCCAAAGCUGACGCCAGUUUCCGUACGCAAGAGAAGAUGGCCCAGCUGGAAAAGGCGCAAACAGUUGGUUCAGGAAACAGCGUGAAGGGAUGCCGGAAGCCAACAGACACGCUCCAGAACCACAAGCUGCUUGCUGGCCCAAGAGGUGGGAACCCGACAGAAAGCCCACCAACGGGCGAUACUGCUCCAAGCCCGGAAGAAAUUCCUUUGAAACACGUCAACCCAAAAUCAAAGGGAAGUGAAAAAAGCAUCUCCUCCCGACUCACGAGCCCCCCCAGGGAAGCCGAGCCAUCCGCCUCAAAGCCUGCUGGGGAAGUUACACGAACGAGGCUUUCAAUUAACGUGCAAAUGAGCGAAGUUCGGGACAAGACAUCUAAGAGCAAAGAGGGGAAUGUUGGCAUCAGCGGAAGUAAAAGUGUUGGGCUACCGGCCCCUCUCCCUUCGCCUUCAGUGGCCGAAACAGCUAAACAUCUGCCAGAACCUUGCAAAGCUAAGCAGGCCUCUAAAAGCAGCGGGACUGAGCCAGCUCACGAAAGCAAAGGGGCGAGGCCUCCUGACAAGCCAGCUGGAAAGCAGACCCCCAAACCAGACGGCCCUCCCUCACCGAGGCCACUUGCGACACCCCAGGAGAAAGGAGGGAUCGGAGGCAAAGCCGGAUCAGGCCCGCGCAAGGUAGCAGAGGACUCUGGGAGAGAGCUAGCAAAUGCUGCGAAAGGGCCUAAGGAAUCCGCCGAGGGGCCCCAGGAGUCUGCGGAAGAAGUCAAGCUAGGGACUGUGGGACUGGGCAGCAAACUCGCAGGAAGACGAGCGAGCAGAUCGGAUCAGGGGGCAGGGAAGCCCUCCGGAAACGCUCCAGCCCUCGGAGCCGACAAACCGGAGGAGCUAAUCAUUGACGACAGUCCACCCCCUCCAGCUCCUUUUGAUCAUCGGAUUGUCAGCAUUAAGCAAACCGAUAUAUCUGCCAGUUACUCAGUAUCCCAUCAUGAAGUCUUGGGAGGGGGGCGCUUCGGGCAAGUCCACAGGUGCGCCGAAAAGUCAACCGGACUCUGUCUUGCGGCCAAAAUCAUCAAAGUGAAAGCAGCCAAGGAAAGGGAGGAAGUGAAGAAUGAGAUCAACAUCAUGAACCAGCUCAACCACGUCAACUUGAUCCAGCUUUAUGAUGCUUUCGAGUCCAAGAACAAUGUCACAUUAAUCAUGGAAUAUGUUGACGGUGGUGAACUGUUUGACCGGAUCAUAGAUGAAAACUACAGCCUUACCGAACUGGAUGCGAUCCUUUUCACCAAGCAGAUCUGUGAAGGAAUCCACUACCUGCAUCAACAAUACAUCCUUCACCUGGAUCUGAAGCCGGAGAAUAUACUGUGUGUGAAUCGAACAGGGAACCAAAUCAAAAUAAUUGACUUUGGAUUAGCAAGGAGGUACAAACCCCGUGAAAAGCUGAAAGUGAAUUUCGGCACACCCGAAUUUUUGGCCCCCGAGGUGGUGAACUAUGACUUUGUAUCGUUUCCAACGGAUAUGUGGAGCGUCGGCGUCGUAGCUUAUAUGCUGAUCAGUGGCUUAUCCCCUUUUCUGGGGGAAACCGACGCCGAGACCAUGAAUUACAUUGUCAAUUGCAACUGGGAUUUUGAUGCAGAAGCCUUUGAGCAAGUCUCACAAGAGGCAAAAGACUUUGUGUCCAGACUUCUCAUAAAGGAGAAGAGUGGCAGAAUGAGCGCAGCCAAUUGCCUUAAACAUGAAUGGCUGAUGGACCUACCUGCCAAAGCUCAGAAAUCCAGGGCCCGGUUGAAGUCUCAGCUCCUGCUACGGCGUUAUAUGGCCCAACGGAAGUGGAAGAAGCAUUUUUACGUGGUUGCUGCGGCCAACAGGUUAAGAAGGUUCCCAAGCAUGUCCGAGAAUCCUGCGUAACCUGCUGAAGAAGCAAAAACGCAAAAGACUUGGCGAUUUCAAGGAAGAGCCCAUUUUCUGCACAUUGGACAAUAAGAAUGCCAUCUUCGUCUUAGGUCACACAGCCACUGUGGACUUAAGUUUCUGUUUUCCCAGACUAGUAGGAUAGAAGAGAAUGUUCUGUCAGAAAAGAAAAUGUGGGCAAGAGUUAAGGAGGUCUAGAAAAACCUGAAUGAAGGCCUCUUGAACGUACAUUUAAUUCUCUAAUGAUAUGUCAGUUGUUGGAGAUUCCCUUUUCCGAGCUUCUUCUAAGGACAUAAAUCCUGUUUGAGAACCUCUUUUGGUGCGC